UCACAGCAACGCCCUCAUGCGCACAGCGCGAGAGUUUCUACUACAAGAGUGGGGCGGUCUGGUGUUCAGAUAACUUGAACUUGGUAUGCUGUUUGUAUGCUUAGAGGAUCUGUUGAAUCCAUUAAUCCAUUUAGGCGCUAUAAAUGGAAUUCUUGUGAGGGAAAAAGUAUGGAAAAGUCGGACGCAUGCGAUCCAUACAGCCGACCCGCGCGCAGGACACAAUGGAUAGUGAGCACUCUGGCGUAUCAUUACGGACUCGACCGUGGAGUGGAAAACGAAAUUAUAGUCCUCGCAACCGGGCUGGAUCAAUACCUCCAAGAGAUAUUUCAUCACCUAGACUGUCAGGGAGAUGGAAAAAUCCCAGCCGAGGAUUUUAACAUUCUUUGCGAGAUUUUAGGACUCAGUAAAGAGAGUGAUCUGGAGGAGUGUGCGGGGAUAUUGGAUAAUCUACCCAAAGAGUUCAGCUUCAGGCAGUUUCACUCAAAACUCUGCUGUUAUUUCAGUACCAAAGCUGGAUGCCAGUAUGAGAAUGGGAGGUUGUUGGUUGGCAAGGAGAGCGAGCAUAUAGAGACGCAGAUCAGACUCAGGAGCCCCUUGAGGCGCCGCAAGAAGCUGCUGUCUUUGGGUACCAGCGCUAAGCGAGAAAGCGGAGAGCCUUCCUCUCCCACUGUGGACAGACACGCGUCAGGUUGUAGGCAGCUGGGCUCCUGCACCAGGGAGUGCUACGAGGAAAUUGUGGCCCUCGAGGAGGCUGAGGACAGGAUAGCCAAACUUGAGGAGGAAAAUGCGAGUCUCAGGGAGUUGGUGGAGGACAUGCGUGCGGCUCUUCAAAGCAGUGACGCUCGCUCGCUGGCCUUACAGGUGGGCCUGUGGAAAAGCCACUCGAAACAUAAACCAGAGGGUGGCUGUUUCAUCGCCCACCAAAGGCGAGCAGCUCAGAAACCCAACAUUUCUGGAAACCUGAAGGACAUCCAGAGUUUCCUGAGAGAAGUGGAGUACAUCCGGAGUUCCCGGGAUGGGCAGAUCGAGGAGGCCAUGCUCUUCAACCAGAAACUGGAGCAGGAGCUGCGAGUAUCACGUGAGACCAUGCUGUUGCUGGAGGAAUGUAACAGGACUCUAAAAAAGGAGCAGGUUGAGAUGAGAAAGAGAGUGGAGGAAGCCAGACAAGCUGUGCUCAGUGGCCUCAAGAAAGUGAAGGAGCUGGAAACCAAAGCCAGUCAUGUGUCUGUUCUGCAGAGGCACAUUGAGCAGCUAGAGAUGGAGCUUCUGUUCUACAGAUCUGAAGUGUCUAAAACAUCGGUUCCAUUCAUCAACAAACCAGACAGACGGUAUAAUGGGGCCAGUCAGACUGCGCUACGCUGUUGUCUGGACACAGAGCAGGAUCGACGCUCUCCGACGGGACGUGCAGCGACUGUGCCUGACACUAACCAUUUCCUUGAAAUUACAAUAAGGGACGCCCUGGUCCAGGAGCUACAACAGAAGGCCGAGGAGACAGAGCUGCUCCACCUGGAGCUGCAGAUGUUGGAGACGGAGCGGGUGCGUUUGUCUCUGGUGGAGGAGAAACUGAUGGAUGUGCUACAGCUUCUGCAGCAGCUGCGAGAGCUGAAUGUCUCAAGAAGAUCUUUAGGAAAGAUUUUGCUCAGCACAUUGGAGUCCUGCAGUGAUCCUCAGCAUGGGAAAGCACAUAUCUUGGAGGUGCUCAAUGCUCUUUGUCAUGAACUGGCUGCAUGUGAGAUCCUCUCUAAUGGCCAGAAGAUAGAGAGAGCACAGAGUCACCAGUCUCUCACCAACUCACUGCUCAUCUCCUGCUAGACAUUACUGCCACCUGAUGGCCAAAGGAUGCUACAGACUCUUACAGAAACUUCUAACUAGCCAUGUUGGAAAAUGGGACCAAAAUUAGCCAUGUAUUUGUCUUUGUGUUUUUGUUUCUGUGUAUAUUUGUGUAAAUCAUUUAGCUCAUUAUCAUUUAUAAUGAAACAUGAUCUGACUCCUUUCAAAGCUACUUUUUCAGAUUUUCCUUUUGCAAUGUCAUACAUUGUUGGUCAGUAUUUUCUUAAAAUACAUGCACGUUAUACAAUAGUGUUCUUUACAGCUUCAUUGUGUGGUACUGAACUACCUGAUCAUACAGAAACUCUCAGGUAUAGACUAUGUAAAGCUCAAUAUAUCAAGACUAGUUCAAAAGAAAAACAUCUAUACUACCAACAGUUAUUACAGUUACAGAUGUUAAUUUAGUCAAAUAAAGCGUUCUCCAUAUCUCAAACACAGACGGGACAGCUGUUGAGAACUGAAUUUACACAUCUUUCAGAAUUUUAACUGCAACUGUCAAUUGUCUUUUAGCACAUCUGGGCAGUUUUCUUGCUCAAGGAUGAUUUUUAUCUAUGAUUUGCAUGAAACAAAUAUAUAGUAUUAGAAAAACACUACUGUCUCAAUUGUCAAUGUCUGUGCCUCUCUCCCAUAUCUCCAGAUAUAUAUGUAUGUGUGUAUAUAUAGUAGUAGGCCUUCUUCAGUCAGUAUGUAUGCGCACACAUUUUUUUUAUAUAUA